CACUUGCCGUCUGUCAUCCAUCACCUCAAUCUUCAGCUAAGCUACAUGACCGACCACUUGUCUCCCACAUAAGCCGCGAGGCUCGCCAGAAUGUCCCAUGGCCUGCCACGACGGUGCAGAGCAGCCCUCCGACCCGCACUAGGAGUCGCACCACCACUCUCGCGCCGCCUCCUGCAAACGCAGCAAUUCGCGCCGUUUGCACCCCCAGACCCCGCCGGUCUCCCCAAGCCCAAACCGAAAUCACACAAAGUAAAGCCUUCGCGCCCGCGCAAAUGGCCCCGCCGCCUCGCGUGGGCGGCCGCCCUGCUCGGUGCCGGCUACGUCGUCGACACGCGCUGGAAUAAUGCCGCUGCGACGCGGAGCUUCCGCACGUUCAAGACGGGAUUGGUCAUUGGGCUGGACUACAAGAUCAACUUCCGCGCGAACCCACCCUUCGCGGCCAGCUUGGCCGACGUGCAUAACCGCAAUGCUGAGCGCAUCUUUAACUUGCUGCGCGAUAAUGGGGGUUUGUAUUUGAAGAUUGGCCAGGCAAUUGCUAUGCAGAGCGCAAUUCUGCCGCCGGAGUUUCAGAAAAUGUUUGCCAAGAUGUUUGAUGAUGCGCCGCAGAACGAGUGGAGGGACGUAGAGAAGGUCGUGAGAGAGGAUUUUGGAAAGAGCGUGGAGGAGGUGUUUGGGGUCAGCUUCAAAGGCGAGGAAGGAAAAGGCAUCAUGGAGAGAACGGCGCGGGCGAGCGCGAGCGUGGCGCAGGUCCAUUGGGCGCGGCUGGCUGAUGGACGGGAGGUAGCGAUCAAGAUCCAGAAACGGGAAAUCGCCGCGCAGGUGGGCUGGGACCUUUGGGCAUUCAAGGUCGUGGCGCGCAUUUACUCCUGGUGGUUCGACAUCCCGAUGUACAGUCUGGUACCCUACAUUUCCGAGCGGCUGAUGCUAGAGACCGACUUUGAAAACGAAGCCAACAACUCCGAGGAAAUGAAGGACUUGAUCUCGAACGAGCCGCGCCUGCGCGGCCGCGUCUACAUUCCAUCCGUGUACCGCGAGCUCAGCAGCAAGCGCGUGAUGACGGCCGAAUGGAUCGAGGGCAUCCGGCUCUGGGACAAAGAAGGGAUCACGCACGGCUGGAAAGGCGGCCGCGGCACGGGAAGCCCAGGAAGCAACGGGCAGGUGCUCGCGCCGCCGCCGCCAACCGUCCGCUCCACCGUCGCGACCAACGACCCCAACAAAGAGCAGCUCAAGCCCUUGCGGGACGCGUGGCGCGGGCCCGACGGCCACGGCGGCCUCGGCGUCUCCCUCAAAGCCGUCAUGACUACGAUGGUCGACCUCUUCUCGGCGCAGAUGUUCCUCUGGGGCCUCGUGCACUGCGACCCGCACCCAGGGAACAUAUUAGUACGCCGACUGCCGUCCGGGAAGCCGGAGCUGGUGUUGCUGGACCACGGGCUGUACAUCCGCAUGAACCCCGCGUUCCGGCACCAAUACGCACGGUUCUGGAAAGCGCUGCUCGCGCUCGACAACGCGGCGAUCGAGGAGAUUGUGCGCGGAUGGGGCGUCGGGAACGCGGACAUCUUCGCCAGCGCGACGCUCAUGCGCCCCUACACGGGCGGCGACAACAGCACGUCGGCGCAGAUCCGCAAAGGCGUAAGCGGCGCAACCGAAGCCGAGCGCGCCUACGCCAUGCAAAUGAAGAUGCGCAAAGGCAUCAAGCAGCUCCUCGCCGACGAGACAAAGUGGCCCCGCGAGCUCAUCUUCAUCGGCCGCAACCUCCGCAUCGUCCAGGGCAACAACCAGUUCUUGGGCAGCCCCGUCAACCGCGUCAAGAUCACGGGGCUGUGGGCUAGUCGCGCGCUCGUCGAGUCCCGUGACUUGAGCCCUGUUCAGCGCGCGCUUAAUUUGCUCCGCCAUGCGAGGUUUAGGACCGUCUUGUUGGCGUCCGAUUUGCUGUGGUGGUGGGCGUGGGUCAGGCAGAAGUUGGGUCUGGGUGGCGGCAUGGAGGACGAAAUUGAGCGCCAUAUGAAGUCUAUGGCGAAGGAUAUGGGGUUUGAGCUUAAUCAUGGCGUUUUUGAGGGGUGAUUGGGUGAGGGAUGGGUAGGUGGGUUGGUGGGUUGGGCGCCUGGUGGGGGGAGGAGGAGGGAGGACGGGGAACGCGUGAUGACAUGGUGGCGGUAUCGGUCCCCAGCACUCUUCACAAGCCAUAUUAUGUACAUUAUCAAUACCGUCGUAGAAGAGACUCUAGAG